UUUGGCAUUUUAGUUUUUUCAUUUGUAGUCAUUCCUUCCUUCCCAUUCUGAAUCUGUAUCUUUAACAUAGGAACUAUAUUCUGAUCGAGUAUACCCUUUGUUUAUCUUAUACCCUAUCGCGCAAAUUUCUUUCUUUAUUUUCUCCAUCAAGUCUUUUCGAGAUGACCAGUAUCGAUAAGCCACUAUCAGAAAGCCAGGCCUCGAGACCUGGUGACUUCGAAGCUGUCAGAAAGUCUAUCAUUGAUCUUCUCCGCCAGCCUGACUACGACGAUGGAAGUGCCGGCCCUGUUCUUGUGCGCCUAGCCUGGCACUCUUCUGGCACAUAUGACGUAGAAACAGACACCGGAGGCUCAAAUGGCGCUGGCAUGCGCUACGAAGCUGAGGGUGGUGAUCCUGCCAACGCCGGCCUUCAGAAUGCUCGCCUCUUCCUAGAGCCCGUCAAGCGUCUUCACCCAUGGAUCACAUACUCAGACCUAUGGACACUUGCCGGCGUGACUGCCAUUAGAGCCAUGGGAGGCCCGGAAAUCGAUUGGUUGCCGGGGCGAACCGAUUUUGUAGACGAUAGCAAGCUUCCACCUCGCGGCCGUCUUCCUGAUGCGGCUCAAGGAGCAGACCAUAUCCGAGACAUCUUUUACCGAAUGGGCUUCAACGAUCGUGAGAUCGUGGCCCUCAGUGGUGCACACAGUCUCGGACGCUGCCAUACGGAAAACUCGGGCUUUGAGGGUAAAUGGGUCAAUAAUCCGACACGAUUCUCGAAUCAAUAUUUCCGCCUCCUGCUGUCCGAAAAAUGGACUGAGAAGACAGUCCCUGAAUCUGGUGUUACUCAGUUCUCCUCUGUUGACCCUGACACAGAAGAGGAGUUGAUGAUGCUCCCAACCGAUAUGGCUCUGACAACAGACCCCGAGUUCUCCAAAUAUGUGCGUCUGUAUGCUGAUGAUAAGGAAUUGUUCUUCAACGACUUUAAAGCAGCAUUCGCCAAGCUGUUGGAGCUGGGAAUAGCAAGAGACGCAGAGGGGAACAUAACGAAUAGCGACAACGAGAAGGGAGGGUAUAGAAGCGCGCCGAAAAAGAGCGAUUCGGUCUCAACUAAUGCAGGAUUCAGGCAAGGAACCAAGACAAAUGGUUGCCCAGUUAUGCACGCCAGGGCAAAGCUUUGACGUAUUGUAUGUUAGUUAUAUCCACGUAGAGUAUGGAUGGGAUAGAAGAUAGACAAGUAUAAUUAGAUAGCUAUAGAUUUGUUUGUUUAUAUAAUUAUGCAUAAACCUCGGAAUUUAUCUGCUUAAGGGC